GGCGAGCGCUUUCGCUUCUGCAGGGGGACGGAAUACAAAAAUCGCCAUGGUCGGUCCAAACGCCUUUGAACUCUCUCGAAACUUCGUUUUGUAUUUUUCAGGGGCCCACAAAGCGUAACCCGUCUUGGCUUUAAGUUUCUGUUUUAGCUAAAGUAGGCGUGUUGAAGCAGGAAAGACAGCGCCCUUCGCCGCGCCCCUAACCUGUCUGUCCCCGCCCCCUCUGCCUCCCGCCCCGUCCUCUGCUGCGCGUCUCUCACCGUCGUCUGCCGGUCUGGACGUGGCGGGUUGCUUUCCAAAAUGGCGCGUGCGCUGAGGGCUGCCGCCGCGAAUGCCGUAGGGCUUUUUUCCAGACUCCAAGCUCCCAUUCCAACAUUAAGAGCUUCUUCCACAUCACAGCCCUUGGAUCAAGUGGCAGGUUCUUUGUGGAACCUGGGUCGACUCAAUCAUGUAGCCAUAGCAGUGCCAGAUUUGGAAAAGGCUGCAGCAUUUUAUAAGAAUAUUCUCGGGGCCCAGGUAAGUGAAGCGGUCCCUCUUCCUGAACAUGGAGUAUCUGUUGUUUUUGUCAACCUGGGAAAUACCAAGAUGGAACUGCUUCAUCCACUGGGACGUGACAGUCCAAUUGCAGGUUUUCUGCAGAAAAACAAGGCUGGAGGAAUGCAUCACAUCUGCAUCGAGGUGGAUAAUAUUAAUGCAGCUGUGAUGGAUUUGAAAACAAAGAAGAUCCGCAGUCUAAGUGAAGAGGUCAAAAUAGGAGCACAUGGAAAACCAGUGAUUUUUCUCCAUCCUAAAGACUGUGGUGGAGUCCUUGUGGAACUGGAGCAAGCUUGAUUUAUAUUUGCAAGCAACUAAAUUAAUUGACCUGAAAAAGCCUAUCAAAUACUAUCAAAAUGUACUAUGACAUUGAGUCCUUCACUGCUUCCAACAUGUAAAAGUUCACAGUUAAAAACUGAAUUACAGAAAGAUUAUAUACAUAUACAAAUCCAUAAAUAUGUAUAUUAUUUAGAUUAACAAACAUAUUUGUUAAUUUGAAUUUGAAGAAAACCUUGAUUACUAAUUACUUAGGGAACAUUAUUAAAGUCAUAUAGAAAUAGAUUAUUCCUCUUCUACAA